AUGUCAAAUAACCGCUACUCGGCCCUCAACCGGCGCGCAGCCCCUUCCUCCAGCCUUUUCCAAGACUAUCCGGGUUCUCGACCAUCCAGUUCCUCAUCCACCAACCGGCCAGGAGGAUAUGGAGGGUACCCAUCUCAGCCAGACGGCCGGAAUACCUCAUCGCCGUAUACAAAUUCCUACGGAGGUGUAAAUGGAGCCAGCCCACCCUCUGGCUUCCGUCCGGCGACACCCAAUUCAAAGGGCCAGUACUCGACAUCCGUCCUCGAAGAACUAGAGUCCCAGAACGAAAUUACCGCGACGACGUUGCUUUCACAAAAAGUAUCACAACUCAAAACCCUGACUGUCGCUAUUGGCGAUGAAAUCCGAGACUCCAGCACUCUAGCCGCGCAGAUCAAUGACUCCUUUGAGAAUACCGGGGUCAGGUUACGCGGGACGAUGAGGAGGAUGCUCAGAAUGGCCGAACGAACAGGUGUGGGUUGGAAGGUUUGGGUGCUUUUCUUCUUUGCGGUCUGGGCUAUCUUCGCAUAUGUCUGGCUGUUCUGA